UCAUCGAGCAAUUAAAUGGGCGACGCCUCCACAUGCCACAAAAUAAAAAUAGAUGGCCCACAUCACUGCAGUGACACCAUCCAUGCUCUUCUGACAGAGAUGCUUUUUCCUGUCUUCCUCGUGCUGGGCGUCUGCCUCGUGCCUGCACACUUGGAACACACCGAACAUCUUGGUAGUUCUUUCCUUCAACAAUGCUUUGAAGAAGCCAAACAGAUUGUUGACAAUGCCUACACAUACUCCAGAGCAGAGAGUCUUAGGCGAGUCCGCAACGAUGUGGUGAGUCCUCACGAUGCUCUGCGUCUGCUGAAGCAGCCUCGUGGGGACACUCGCUCCGCUGUGAGGGCUGCAGACUACAUGGCACAGACCCUGUACCUCGUGCAGGAGACAGUGCACCGCAUCCACAAACGCUCCCUCAAUGCAACAGAUUUGCUCUCUGCGGAGGAUCUGGAGAGACUGAGCAUGAUAACGGGUUGUGCCGCUCAAAUCAGACCCCCGCCCUGUAGCAGCACGCAAAACCUCGACAAGUAUCGCACUGCUACAAGCGUUUGCAACAACCGACAAAACCCCCGCCGAGGAGCCUCGAACACUCCCUUCACCCGCUGGCUUCCUGCUGAGUACGAUGAUGGCAUCUCGCAACCUAAAGGGUGGCAGCCCAACCGAACAUUCAACAACUUCAUACUUCCACUGGUUCGCGAGGUGUCCAAUAAUAUCCUGAGCACGACGGAUGCGGGCGUGGUCAGUGAUGGGGAGUUCUCACACAUGGUGACCUUAUUUGGCCAGUGGAACGAUCACGACAUCACUUUCACACCCUUCUCGCCCAGCAUCCGCUCCUUCAGCAACGGGAUCAACUGCGACGAAAGCUGUGAGCGCACUGAGCCGUGCAUCCCCAUCGCGAUUCCUCCCAACGACCCACGCUUGCAAAGCGGUCAUGACAGCUGCAUCCCCUCGUUCAGAUCCGCCCCCGUUUGCGGGACGGGAAAUUCGGCCUUCAACUUCGGAGGAGAAGCCAACAAGCGGGAGCAGAUAAAUGCACUGACCGCAUUCCUUGACUUGGGCCAAGUGUACGGCUCUGAGACUAAACUCGCUCUCAGCCUCCGCGACCUCAACAGUGAUGGCCUUAUGCGUGUCAAUUCCGAGUUUACUGACAACGGACAGGAGCUGCUGCCCUUUCACCCUCUGCCGGUCAACAUGUGUGCCACCCGCAGGCGGGUCACCAAUAACACCAACGCCAGAGAGGUUCCUUGUUUCAUUGCGGGUGACGUCCGUGUAGAUGAGAACGUUGCCCUGACUUCAAUUCACACUUUGUUCUUGCGUGAACACAACCGUCUAGCCCGUGGUCUGAAAAGACUGAACCCCCAAUGGGACAGUGAGACACUCUACCAAGAGGCCCGCAAGAUCAUGGGAGCUUAUUCACAGGUAUUUGUAUUCCGUGACUAUCUGCCGCACAUUGUGGGGGACGAUGCCAUGCGCAGGCUGCUGGGACCUUACCCCGGCUACAACCCCAACGUGGACCCCAGGAUCUCCAAUGUCUUCUCCACAGCAGCCUACCGCUUCGCUCACUUGGCCAUCCAGCCUGUAUUGUUCCGCCUGGGCCCGAACUACAGAGAGGAUAGUCAGUUCCCCAGCAUCCCCUUGUUCAAAGCCUUCUUCACCCCCUGGAGAAUCAUCUUUGAGGGUGGCAUUGACUCGCUGCUGCGUGGUUUAGUAGGGCGACCUGCUAAAUUGAAUACUCAGGACCACAUGCUGGUGGACGCUCUGAGGGAGAGGCUUUUCCAGUUUGUGCUGGACCUGGCUCUAGACCUGGGAUCCCUGAACAUGCAGAGAGGGCGCGACCAUGGCUUGCCCGGCUACAACGCAUGGCGCAAAUUCUGUAACCUGUCUGAGCCCAGGAACCAGGCCGAGCUUGCUCAGGUCCUGAACAACAGCGACCUUGCCCAGAGGCUGCUGCAACUCUACGGGACGCCCGCCAACAUUGACGUCUGGCUGGGAGGCGUGGCCGAGCCCUUUGUCCGGGGCGGCCGUGUGGGGCCUCUGUUCGCCUGCAUCAUCGCCACCCAGUUCCAGAGGGUCCGCCAGGGUGACAGGCUGUGGUACGAGAACCCUGGUGUCUUCACUGCGAGGCAGAGAGCUGCCUUGUCCACUGCCACCAUGUCCAGGAUCAUCUGUGACAACACAGGCAUCACGUCCAUCCCCAGAGACGCUUUCCGCGUCAUAACGAGUAGGAACCGGCUUGUACGUUGCAACAGAGUGCGACGCCUCAACCUGGCAGCGUGGAGAGAAAGGAGCUGUACAGAUUUCUUGGAAACUGGUCACUGCCCUGAUCUCCCACCAGAACCCGAAGAUGAAGAAUUUCCAAAUGAGGAGGUACCUAACGAUGCGCUGGAUAACGAGCCUCCAAUGGAUGAUCUGGAUAACGAGCUUCCAGACCUGGUCUAAGGGAGCCCCAGCCACUCGGCAUCAUCAUUACCCAGUGCCUGUCUGCCCUCAUCGUCCACUUGCGCCAAUUCAGUCAAGUCUCCGCUUCAGGUUAUCUCCAAAGAGCAGAACCAUCGUCGCCAUCUUUCUCCACACGCGAAUACUGCCGGCGUGGAGUCAACGUUCUGUUCCACGUACAUCACUGUACCACGGUGUUCCACAGACACCAGCACUUUUUUUGCUGUCCUCCUUCAAACGUGCACACAGGCGGCUGACAAUGAUCAUGCAGCGACAUUUGUUAAACAUGUUCUUCUUUCUGUUACAGCAUACAAUUUGUCUUACAUGUUGUUUGUAUUGUGAUGAUUGUUUAUGUAAUGAAGAAGUUUAGCCAUGUGCAAAGGUUUUUUAUGAUUCUCAUGUUUCUGUUCUGCACUCAAUAAAAACUGGAUAAAAAAACA